AUGUCCGCAUCGCAUUUAGAGAACCCUCCUCCUAACCCUAAUCUCGUGACCGUCAUGCAGGAGUACUCACAAGCGACACGUUGCAGCGACAUCUUCCUGCCUACCUCUCCUCUCCCUUCCUGCAUUCCUCUCCUCUCCCUUCAGUUUGAUAGUGCUCUACUCUCCUGCUCUCCUCUCCUCUCCUCUCCUCCUCUCCUCUCCUUUCCUCUCCCAUCCUGCUCUCUCCCCCUCUCCCAUCCUGCUCCCCUCUCCUCUCCCAUCCCGCUCUCCACUACUCUCCCCUCCUGCUCUCCUCUCCUCUCUCAUCAUGCUUUUCUCUCCCGUCAUGAUCUCAUAUCCUAUCCCAUCAUGCUCUCCUCUCCUAUCCCAUGCUGCCCACUUCUGUCCAUUCCUGCUCUCUUCGCAAUCCGCAGGCGCGUAGCACGGUGGGAGCUACGGAAUCCGCAAACGUGUUGCACUGCAGUCGCUCUGGUUUCCGCAGGCGUGUCGCACGGUGCGACCCCAAAACCCUACUCGAAUUCUGCUGUGGUUUCGUUCGCUCCUAUCACCUCCCUUCCUUACCUCUUCACCCCUUCCUGCCUUCAUCUCCUCUCCCUUCCUGCCUACCUCUCCUCUCCCUUCCUGCAUUCCUCUCCUCUCCCUUCGGUCCUCCCAUCUCCUCUCCCUUCGGUCCUCCCAUCUCCUCUCCCUACGGUCCUCCAUCUCCUCUCCAUUCAUGCCCUCUUCUCCUCUAUCCCUUUCUGUCCUCCCCUCUCCUCUCCCUACGGUCCUCCAUCUCCUCUCCCUUCAUGCCCUCUCCUCCCCUCUCACUAUCUGUCCUCCCCUCUCCUCUCCCUUUCUGUCCUCGCCUCUCCUCUCCCUUUCUGUCCUCGCCUCUCCUCUCCCUUUCUGUCCUCGCCUCUCCUCUCCCUUUCUGUCCUCGCCUCUCCUCUCCCUUUCUGUCCUCGCCUCUCCUCUCCCUGUCUGUCCUCGCCUCUCCUCUCCCUUUCUGUCCUCGCCUCUCCUCUCCCUCUAUGUCCGGCCCUCUCCUCUCGCGCUCUGUCCCCCCCCCCUCUCCCUUCUCCACCCAGAUUCGCAGGCGUGUCGCACGGUGUGACCUCCGGAAUCCGCAGGCGCGCGCAACAGUGUGGGAUCCGGAAUCCGCAGGCCAACUUCGCGCGGUGCGUGUGCAGAAUCCUGCUCGAAUUCGGCUCGGGCGUUUCAAGCGAUGUGGUGACGACAAUUCAGACGCAAAUCGGACAGCGCACUUCACCUGCCAUCCUGUGGGCCCGAAUCCGGGAGGCGAGCGCCGGGCCGGAAGGCCUGACUUCGGGGCCAGCCGCACUCGCUCGGUAA